GGAAUGACGCCUAGCUGAACUUUGAAGCGCCCAUGAGGCCCUGAACUCACAGUGCAGGUCUGCAGUGUGCAAUGUGGAAUGUGCAAUGGGCAAUUGCCAAUGUGCAUGCAUACAUAGGUAGCUGGUGCCACUGGAAAAGUGUGCAUGCAGCCCGGUGUGAUCAGGAAACGCCACUUGCUGAAGGACUGCAUUUGAUAAUUGUGGCUUUCCUCCCAGUGGAAAUUGAUGACAGCAUCGAGUUGCCUCCUAGUCGUCCUGGGGCCUGUUCCUGCUGGUCUCCUUCCUGUUAAUCGAGGCCCUUUGGAUCUGCGGCUAGCGUCAGGCAACUUGGAAACACACUCAGCUUUUAGGCUAGCGCCAUCUCGUCCCCAACCCCACUCCAUUCUUGCAGCACUCUCGCCCCGAAUCAUGGCACCCAAGCAGAAGAAGCUAGGGUGGUCAGACCUCAUGGUGUCUGAAGUCUGCCUUGGCACAAUGACCUUCGGGGAGCAGAAUACUGAAGCAGAAGCCCAUGAGAUACUGGAUGCAGCUUUUGCUGCGGGGAUCAACUUCAUCGACACAGCGGAGAUCUACCCGACACCCCCCCGAGCUGAGACUGCCGGGCGCACCGAAGAGUAUAUUGGUACAUGGCUUGAGAAGCAGGACCGGAGCAAGGUGAUUCUGGCUACGAAAGUUUCUGGUUACGGCAAGGACAGCUAUCUGCCUGGGAAACGGAAGGAUCCCCCGACCGACGAGAAGGCGGAUGCGCGCCUGGACGCUGCCAACAUUGAGGCUGCUCUCAACGCCAGCCUCAGACGGCUCCGCACAAGCUACGUCGACUUGUAUCAGCUGCACUGGCCCGACAGAUACGUCCCGCUCUUUGGACCGUCCGUAUACGACGUCAAGUCUGAGCGACCGAGCGUGCCCUUCGAGGAGACGGUGGCCGCGUUGGGGAAGCUCAUCAAGGAGAAGAAGAUCCGGUACUGGGGCGUCUGCAACGAGACGCCGUUCGGUGUGUGCGAGCUGGUGCGCGCGUGCGACAAGCUGGGCGUGCCCCGCCCGGUGACCAUCCAGAACCAGUUCUCGCUCCUCUCCCGCUCCUACGAGACCAGCCUCGCGGAGCUGGCGUCACCCGCGCACUACAACAUGGCCCUGCUGCCGUGGUCCCCCCUGGGCCGCGGCAUUCUAACCGGGAAGUACCUGAACGGAGCCCGGCCGGAGGGCGCGCGGCUGUCGCUAUUCGACAUCCCUUUCAACAGGAAGUACCUCGAAGACAAGAUUGAUCAGAUCGUGGCCCAAUACGUAGAGUUGGCCAAAGAGCUUAAGAUCACGCCCGCCCAGCUUGCGUUGGCGUGGGUGAAGAGCCGAUGGUACGUCGGAUCGACCAUCAUCGGGGCAACAAAGACGACUCACCUGAAGGAGAACGUUGAAGCGUUUGACAUCGAGCUUCCGGAAGAAGCUCUGAAGAAGAUUGAUUUUAUUCAUAUGCAGAACAAGGAUCCGAUCGCCACAGUUUAAUGGUACGCGAAAGCGCAUUAUUCAUUCAAGGACAAAAUAGAAACAGGGUUUGCCUGCAAAGUAGGACGCAAGGUUUGAGAUGAGGGGAUCAGGAAUACUCGGGUACCAUUGCGUGCAGUAGACCAAGCGCGCAACUCAGGCUAAAUGAUGCGAUAUAGUAUGUUGAAAGGAGGAGAAGAUAACAGGGAGUUGUCGAUCGAGCGAAAGCCUGAUGGACCAACCUUGAGCUCACACUGACUAACUUGAUCCGUAAUCCCAGCAUGUCCAUGUAUGGGCACAACUAUAUCAUAAUUUUGUGUGAUUGUGCAGCGCGUUCAUCUGGG